AUGAAUGGAGCAACAAUCAAAGAGGUAAUUGAACUAUUUUUCUCCAACAAUAUUGGAAAAACCGACUUUCAACUAAGACAAGUUACUCCCAGCAAUAACAUCAACGUAUCAACCAAAGUGUUGACAGUUUACUCCGAAAUAAUAAAGCUACUAACAGCAAAUCAAAUUAAAUUUUACACUUACACACCCAAAAGCCUCAAACGUAGAACGUUGAUUCUUAAAGGCAUAAAAGGCGACUUCAAUUGUGCCGACGUUAAAAAUGCCUUAAAUGAACUCCAAAUCCCAAAUGUCGAGAUUAUUAAAGUUCAAGAUAUAGUAUUUAAAACCAGGAAACAUACGAGUCAUCAUCACCUAGUGCAAGUGUCACAUUGGAGCAACACAGCGGUGCUGAUGAAAGUGAAAGGUAUUCUUUUUCAAAAAGCAAGAUGGGAAUUUCUCAGAAAAAAAAUAAUUUUUCAGUGUCGAAACUGUCAAAAGUUGGGACAUUCACAAGCUAACUGCAAGCUCCAACAAAAAUGUGUCAAGUGUGGUGAAACCCAUGACAAAUAUAUGUGCACAAUCAAACCAGAGGACACAAAAGAAGCGCUUAAAUGUGCCAACUGCAAUUGA